CACACCGCUCGCGGAGUCUGUGACGGGAUGACUUUUGCUACACCGGCUGUAUCGCGCGCCAAGUCUCGUCGUUGUCGUCGUUAAUACGUUAAAACCGAAAGCCAUGGAAAAAAUUAAAAUGAUACCACUAUUGACGUUGGUGGUUGUGUUUUUUGCAUGCACCGCAUCUGAAAAAACCGACAACUGUUCAAGAGUUUUCAAUGUGGUCGCUCCCAAAGUGGCUGUUCCCGGCCAAAGGACUGCAGUGCUCGUCAGCUGGCAUCCGGGAUGCAGCCCCAAGGACGUGACCCUACGGCUAUUGCGCCAAAUACCUGUAACCGAACAACAACGAGCCGCCGACGAUGAGGUUUUGUCACACAACACCGUCACCAUACACGGAGACGGUAUCAUCCCGUUGACGGUUCCCACGCAAACGCCGGACACGUGUUACCUUCAGACGUUAACCAACUGCGCCAAUAACACCGACGCCAAUUGUACGUUGCAGACCACGUCCAAGCUUCGUCUGGUCGGUUCAGUGCGUGACGUGGUCGUACAAACUUCCAGCAAGUUUUACAAACCCGGAGAAACCAUUAAAUUCUGGCUAUUACCUUUGGACCACGAUCUUCGGACGGCUGAUGGCAUCACAAUGGACGUGUACAUAAAGAAUCCCCGGGGCACCAAAGUGGCUCUCUGGGACGAUGUGCCUACCAGUCACUCGAUCCCGUUCAGUUUUACACUGUCGGAAUUGGCAGCUGUGGGUGAGUGGGCCGUCGAGGUGGAAACCGAAGGGAUAAUCUUCAAAACCGUGGUAAACGUCAGCAACGUCAGAGGUGCGAACGAUCCGCCCAAACGCGAACAAACCAUUACCGAGGAACAUUUUGUCGAAUUGCGUUUUGGACAUGAAAUGAGACACAAGUAUAAACCCGGAUUGCCCUUCCUCGGAAAGGUUGAAGCUAUGAGCUCCGAAAAGAACCUGCGCGUUCGCGUUAAGGUGUUCGACAACUCCACUGCGAUAUACAGCCAGGACGUCGAGAUGCUGCAGGGAGAGGGUACAUUCGUUGUGCCUGCUAUACUAUCGGAUAGUGAAAUUAUUGUGCUCCAGGCCGAACUAGUUUCUGUCGAGGGAAAAGAAAUAGAAGGACACUACGUGUUGGCCAAAGAGUUCAUACAGAAAUGGAACUCGUCUUCGGAUUGCUAUUUGUUGGUCGAAGGAAUAGACCAUACAUUAGUGGCGAACGAGGAAGCUGAAGUGGCGGUGCUGUCAUCGUGUCCGUGUAAUCGUGAUGUAAAUUACGUUGUAACCACCGAAGGUCACGUGACAUACUGGCAUAAGUACAAACCUCAAGUUCAGAUGACGAAAAUCAUGGAUCAAGUGGAUAUUUGUCGGUUCAAUUUAACAUUCAACGUUGACUCUGUUAUGGCACCAACCAGUCAUUUGUUGGUUUACUACACCACCGAGGACGGGGAAACCAUAAAUGAUGUGAUCAGCUUCAAUGUGAAACAAACCGAUCCAAAGGUGAAAAUGAUGUUGAAAAAUAACAAAAACAACAACUGGUACCCCGAACAAGUUCUUCAAGUUAGCGUAAUGGCCGAAGAGAACUCUCUGGUUUGCUUGAUCGGCGGUAGAGGAACGGAAAACAAUUCACCGGUCAGAAACACCGACGACGACACGGAUCUCCUGGAAUCCGGCUUGUUGUUUUUGGAAAAAAGCUCAGACGGCAAAGUCACCACUUCCAGACAGAGUGACCUGUACCCUAAACAUCAUAGUUUCUUGGACACGUUUUCGAUGGAGCAGUUGUGGAUAUGGAAAUGUGAUAACUUCACAGGUGACAUUGUGAAAAAUGGAAUCAGCAUACAAGCACCGCCCAAAGCCGGUCAUUGGAAAUUGCGCAUGUUGACUGUCGGAAAUUCUGGUUUGAAAAUCACUGACACGAUAGACGUUAAGGUCACCAGCACUUUGGAAGUGGAUAUUCGCACUCCCGUCGACAUAAACGUUGGCGAGACUGUGCAAACCGACAUCUACGUCGCCAACAACGUCAACUCUUGUAUGGACGUGAACGCACUGCUCUCGUUGACCGAAGGGGCAGUGUUCAGCAGUUCAAAUCAACCCUUCGUGGCGGAAAAAAUGAGAUUGGGAGCUUAUGGUGCAACGUCGUUGAUCGUCAGAAUUACUGCGCUAAAAGAAGGCGUAAAAAAUUUAACCGUUGACAUUUCUGGAUUCGUGAGUGAAAAAUGCCACUCGGUCGACGACAGCCGCAAGACGGACGAAUCAGACAUUUUGAACAAUUCGUCUGCCAGCGUUGUCGUCAAGUCCGUAUCGAUCAACGUGCAUCCCGAAGGAGUCCAACGUCAGACUACCGACAGCGCAUAUUUUUGCGCCAAUGAACAACUUGUCGUGUCGACGACGUCGGAUUUCCGUUAUCAACAUGUGACGGCGCCUAAGAACCGAGAUGGGAUUGUGUUUGAAAUCCACGCGAAGAAAAGCGCUCACAUCCUAUUGAGUCAAGAGCGCAAACCCACCACCAUGAUGUAUCAAAUCGUCCUGGGCGAUUUGGACAAUACCAUCUCGUGGAUCGGUCGAGGAAAACACGGAAACGGCGUUCACCUAACAAGCCGCAACACGCCUGGAAUCCUAUCCGAAGAAGAACCUCGCACGUUUUGGAUCAGUUGGGAAAAAGGAGUGUUGGCUUUUGGUUACGGCCAAGAGAUCCACCAGUACCCGUUGCUGAAAUGGAAUAUGGACAAAAAAAUCAAAGUGAACCAUAUAGGUUUUGCGACCGUCGUGGGAACUACUGGGCAAUUCAGAGUCUGGAACUACAACAAUGAGGCUGGUUUUUCUCAAGUGUUACACUUGGAAACCCCGAAUUCGGUAAUAUCUGGAUCCGAGACCGGUACGUUGGUCGUCACCGGAGGACUCAAUUUCCCGUUCUUUGUGCAAAAUCAACCGAAAUUGUCCACAAGCUUGGUUUCGUUCCUCACAACGUUCACUCCACUACUGACUUCGGAGCACAACAACAACGGCACCGAAGAAAACUCAUUGGCGAAUCUCCUGUCGAAAACCAUACCCGUACUGCUCUCAUACCAAAACGUCGAUGGGUCUUUUGGAGAUCAUCCGAACAUUCCAUGCUAUUGGUGCAAUGUUCGCGUGCUUGAAAUUUUAUGGAGAAGUCAGUCUCACGUUGGCGUCGACCCUCAACUGAUUGACGGGUUGAAAAAUUGGAUACAAAAACAAACUUUGGAUGAUUUUUCCACCGUUGUGGCCAAAACCGAUUUGAAAACCAACCAAAUCAUUGCCGCUUGCGACACUUUGGCCACCUUAAUGGAGUUGGGCGUGGAAUCUGAAACCGACACGAAAAUCGCCAAUCAUAGUAAGUCAUUGGUCGAACAACGUUUGGAUGAAAUCGUCAAACCAUAUCCGCUGGCCCUGGCCAGUUACGCGUUAAUGAUGGCCAACAGUAAGCUCACAGCGAAAGCGUUGACAAAACUGCAAUCAUUAUCGACGAACCAGGAGAGUGAAUUCGGUUGGCCUAAAGUGCACUCGACGUCCGAUUGGUACGACGAAGUAGUCCCUCAGAAUAAAGGAAACAACAUUUCGAUUGACGAGUUCAAAGCUUCGUUGUACUGUUUGAUGAUAUAUUCGGCGAAACGUGACUUGAAAACAUCCGAACCCAUAGUCCGUUACCUGUACUACAGAACAAAGGUGUUGGACACUCAUCCAGAAUUGGCGUAUUUGGCCGUCAAAGCUUUUGCCAUGUUCGACAAAAUCGGAUCGGACCCCCAUCGGAAACUAACUGUUUCGCUAGCCACGUCUGGAAUGGAGUUAACCGACACUCUGGAAUUCGAUCCAAGCACCAAGUCACAGUACUUGCAUUUGCCGUCGCUUCCUACCAAAGUUUUCGUCUACGCCACAGGAGCUGGGUGCUCUACAAUUCAGGGCCGAGUCCUUUAUUCCACAUACAUUACGGCGGAAAACGACAACAAGCUAUUUGAUCUUUGGUCAGCGGUCACCGACGUCAUUCAACCGAGUAAAGGUUUUACAGACGAGACCUACGGCCAUUCGACCACUCUGAGACUUCAAACGUGCUUCAGAAUGAAUAACGAGUCGGAAGACGCGGUGAGGUUGGAGGUAAAACUGUUUUCUGGUUUCUAUUUCGAGCGAAUAUCCUACUCCAGCCUGCCGGACGUCCAUCACGGUUCACACUCGAAUCGCGUUUGGUUUGUCUUCUCGAAGGUGACCAAAGGCUGUAUCGUAUGCGUGUCUUAUACGGCAAAGAACGUCCAGAAAGUCACUGGAUUACGGCCGGCCUUGGCGAAGGUCUACGUUGUUUCUAAGCCGGAUCAGAGUGCGUACAAAUUGUUCCACGUGGACGAAGAGCAAAACCCGUUGGCCGAAGGAUUGACCGAUUUACAAAUGGCCGACUGGAUAACCAACGACACCAAUAGUUUGCCUGCUGUUGAAAACGAAAAUCCGUGCAAAUGCAACAACCGUUGCGAAUCGACACUGUCCAAAUUGGCACCGAAGACUACUACUGUCAUUCCUACAACUGCAAAACCGCCUACGUCGACGACUAAAAUCUUAUCUUCGACGGCCAACGUAAAAGCAUCAACUACGGCUAACGUAGCAGAACAGACAACGGCCGACGUAAAAGCAUUACCUACGGCUACCGUAACAGAACAGACGACGGCUAACGUAAAAGAAUCGACAGCGGCUAACGUAAAAGAAAUGAUAACGGCAAACGUAAACGAACCGACAACGGCUAACGUAGAAGAACCGACCACGGCUAAAGAACAAUUGUCGACUAGGGCCAACGUAGAAGCGCCGAGGAAGCCAAUGAUCGCCACGAUACCGAUGAAGUCCAAACGGGCCCCAGUAAAAUCAACCGGAAACGUCGUGAGAAACAUGAAAAAGCCCAAAAAGAACAGUGCCAAAGAACAAGACUCCAACUCCAAGCACCGGUCCGACGGAAACAAUUCCGAGUCACCAGACGCCGGACCUCCCAACGACAACAACAAGGGUAACUCCGAAACUGCGGCCAUAUCGUCGAAAACGGCCCAUUCCAAUACCGCAGCGAGGAACAACAAGCAAGGGCCAAGCUCCACGGCGAAGCCGACGACCACUGCGGCGGCGUCCAAGACCACCGUUGCGCCUGGUACGACCACUGCGACAUCGUCCAAGACGACCAUUGCGCCUGGUACGACCACUAUGGCUCCGUCCAAGACCGCGGCCACCACCCAACGCGCCGUCGCGCCGUCCACCACUUCGCCAUCGACGCCCAAGUCCAGUACGGCCGCCAACAAGGUGGUCGCGUCGUCCACGACGGCCAAACCGUCGACGGCCACGUCUCCGACCGUAAUGUCCACAACAGCGGCCAAGCCCACAAUGGCCAAACCGACGGCCACGGCCACAACGGCCAAACCGACGGCGCCCGACCUAGUUCUGGAUGCCGUAAAAAACAAAAAAAUCAACGGCGAAAAAUUCAACAAAAAAUAAUCACAUCGAAUGUCGUUUUAAAAAAUGCUCCAAAAAAAAAAAAAAACUAAUCCUUUUGUAAUUGUCGUUUAAAAAAAUCCUAAAAAUUACUCUUUCGCGUUUGUGUACAUUUUGUACAUAUACGGUUCUCUUUUGCCCAGAAUUGGGUAAAAAUAUGUCCUCCUCCUCGAGGAGAAACAUAUAAUAAAUCAUGACUAUUAUGUUUUAUGCCCACUCCUACAAUCGUACCACCCCUCCUUAUCUCUUAUCAGUCAAUAUAAUAAGUCAACAGAUUUUGAUCAUACAGAAAAAUGUUUAACAAACAAUUUUAAACUGACCCUCAACCAUAAAACUUACUCAUUUUUAUUAAAAAAAAUAUCCACCAAUAAAAUCUAAAAGCAUUAUUACAUCAGAUUCUAAUUUUUAACAUCUAUAAUGGGUAAAAUUAUAGAAAUAUUUUAUUUGUUUAUAAUUGUCCACUGCUUACAAAAAUUAUUAACUUAUUAAAACACUUAAAUUAACGCGACUCUAUAAAAAUUAAUUUUCAAAAGCUUUAGUAAACGUAAUAAUCUUUAAACAAUUUAAUUAUAAUUAUGUUGAAGAUGUCUAGUAAUGAUGUAUAAUAUCUUUUACUAUCUCUUACUUUUAUCUGUUUUUUUUUCAUUGAGUGACAAUCAAUCGAUUCGCGUUUCACAGUUGACGUUACCUUAGUGUUGUAAUCCGCCUUUUUAUUUGCCAUUUCCAAUUAUUAAGUACCCACAAAUAUAAUAUUAUAUAAACGUGCUCAAAUAAUGUUUAAUAGAAUUAAUGUGCCAAUUUUAGAAAACCAAUUUUUGGUGCUUUUUGCGUUUGGCUAGUCAAUUUGUUAUAUUAUUUGACAUUAUAAUAUUAUUACGUUCGAUUUUACUGUCACUAAACCGUGUCAAUGUCUUAUCUUACACGUAUAACGUUAUUAUUAAAU